AUUUAACGAUUAAAUAAUGUUCCUGUUCCAAAAAAGAUUAAUGACCCUAUCACAAAGCUCUCAGUAACCUAUUAGACUUAAACCUAAGUUCUAUUCAUAGUAAAAGGAAAAUAUGCCUGUUUAAAAGGAUCUACCUAAAGUGAAUUUGAUAAAUAAAUUAAAUGAAGCCUCAAAAAUCACUAAACCUUAACCUAAGCAAUAAGUUUAAAUUACUUAAAAGACCAUUUCUAAGGAUGUUUGGCACAAAAAGUCGAUUUCAAUGAAAAUGAGAAAUGCUAAUUUUAAAGAUGGCAAAAAGAUUAUAAGUGGAUAAUUAAUAAAAUAUAAAAAAGGCGAUUAGAUCUAUGCUUUUAGAUGUAUUAAAGAUACUAUGAAAUAAUGCAAAUUAAAAGAUAUUAAAUAAGAUCAUGAUGUUGAUACUGAUGAUGAAUAAAUAUUUAUGGCUACUAAAAAUAUGUUUAUGAGUUUAUGUUAAAGUAUAAAAAGAGAAUUGUUUAAUAAUGAGGAUAAUCAAAAUGAAAACAAAAUUAUAAUAGAUGAUGAUUUUUUAUGA